AUGAAAUCCUCUUUGAUAGCCUGUCUAUUACUCAGUGUCUUGAGUGUCGAGAUCACUAUGAACGAUGCAAUAACAACUCAAGCACUAGAAAAAUUGAAGGAAUCUUCAUGGGCCUCAUUUAUUGUUGAAUUCGCCUAAGUUGAAUUAUCAACUGGUGGAGCCCUGUCUGAAUUAGUAGAAACCAUUAACCAAUUGAUCGACCAAUUGCAAGAAGAACUCUAAGAUAUCCAUGAUACAUACUAAAGAAGAACAGAUGAACACAAUCGGGAUGCUACCAGACUUGAAUAAGAAAUCCAAGAUGCAGCUAAAGGUAACCAUACUAUAUAUAUAUAUCUUAUAUAGAUAUCUUUACUGGAUAAGAUUUCAUUGACAAUGUUCUCAUCCCAUAGAAGGAGAGGUUCCAAUAAUCAUUGGCUUAAUUGAAAAUUAACAUUGAAGAAAACAGAAGAAUAUUGGAUGGAGAACAUUUGAAUAGAAAGAGAUAACAUGAACAAUUCUUGUCUAAUAUUGCUGAAUUAAAUGAAGCCAUUGGUGCAGUCGAUGAAUCACUGGGGUUAUUGUCUUAAAUCUCUAAUCCAUAACUAAUUCAAUUCAAGAGAGUUUAGACUAAUUUAGACAGAAUUCAAACAUCCUUUUAGAAUCGCUCCUCUUUUGCUCCAAUCAUAAAAGCUCUACUUGAACUAGCCACUGAAUAAAAUUUCACCGAUUAAGGUUCAGUGUAAUAAGUAAUUAUUAUUAUAAUUUUAACCUAUUUUUAGCUGGUCAAAAUUUUCAAUGAGUUAAGAGUGCAAUUUGUCGAUUCUCUUAAUUAAGAAACAGCAGAUGAGAGCCAAGCAGAGACUAAGUAUGCUGAGAGAGUUGCUUAAUUAGAAAAGGAAUUUGCAGAGUUCUAAAGAUCAGUUUUAAUAAAAAAUUCUGAAUUGGCUGCCAAUGAAUGUAUGUCCUUUUGUAGUAUGUUUCUUAGAAAAAUUCGGAGAAAGCAUUGUUUAUGUAGGACAACGAAAGGAUGACAAAGAGACUCUUGAAGCUCAAUUGUAAGCAGAAAAUGAUAAUUAUGCUGCUGAAACAGAUUUGUACACAAGAACUGUUACUGAAUAUAACAAGGAGAUUGAAAUCAGUAAGCAAGCCUAUGGUUUACUUACUUAACCAAGUUUCGAAUCUUAUGUUCGAUCAACAGUUGGAAUUUGA